GCAAAAAAAGGCAAACCUUAAUAAAUUAAAUCUCGACAAAUUAAAUCUUGACAAAUUAAAUUUCGACAAAUUAAAUCUCGGUAAAUUAAAUCUUGACAAAUUAAGUCUUGAUAAAUUAAAUCUUGAUAAAUAUAUUGGUAAAUAUAAUAUUGAUAAAUUAAAUCUUGAUAAAUAUAUUGUUUCCUGA